GUGAGAUUUUUUUGAAUAGGGAAGAUGGCAGCCGUGGCGGUGGUGGAGUUUCAGAGAGCUCAGUCUCUCAUCAGCACAGACAGAAACGCUUCUAUUGACAUUUUACAUUCAAUAGUGAGACGAGAUGUCCAGGAAGAUGAUGAAGAGGCGGUUCGUGUCAAGGAGCAGAGCAUCCUGGAGUUGGGCACUCUCCUGGCGAAGACGGGACAAGCUGCAGAGCUUGGUGGCCUGCUGAAAUUUGUAAGGCCUUUCCUGAUCUCCAUAAGCAAGGCAAAGGCAGCACGGUUGGUGCGCUCUCUCCUGGAUCUAUUUCUGGACAUGGAGGCUGCCACAGGCCAGGAGGUUGAGCUGUGCCUGGAAUGCAUCGAAUGGGCUAAAGCUGAGAAAAGAACCUUCCUCAGACAAGCCCUAGAGGCUCGACUCAUUUCACUCUACUUUGACACAAAGAGAUAUCAGGAAGCCCUUCAUUUGGGUUCCCAAUUGCUACAGGAGCUGAAGAAGAUGGAUGAUAAAGCUCUGCUGGUGGAGGUUCAGCUGCUGGAGAGUAAAACCUUCCACGCUCUCAGCAACCUUCCCAAAGCCAGGGCUGCCCUCACCUCAGCCAGAACCACCGCCAAUGCCAUUUACUGUCCCCCAAAGCUCCAAGCGGCUCUUGAUAUGCAGUCAGGUAUCAUCCAUGCAGCUGAGGAGAAAGAUUGGAAAACUGCCUACUCUUACUUCUUUGAGGCUUUUGAGGGCUACGACUCCAUCGACAGUCCCAGGGCAGUCACUGCACUGAAAUACAUGCUCCUCUGCAAGAUCAUGCUCAGCUCGCCAGAGGAGGUACAGGCCUUGAUCAGUGGCAAACUGGCUCUGCGAUAUGCAGGGCGACAGACCGAUGCACUGAGAUGUAUAGCACAAGCCAGCAAGAACAGAUCAUUAGCAGAUUUUGAAAAGGCCCUGACAGAGUACACUAAAGAGCUGAGGGAUGACCCCAUCAUCAACACACAUUUGGCCAAGCUUUAUGACAAUUUGCUGGAACAGAAUAACGUGAACGUCUGA